UUGAAUCCAUUGCCCCUAUUUCCUGUCACAUGGGUUGGAAAUAGGAUCCCUGUUUUCUACUAUCUGGUCUCGUCUUUGUGGUGUCAGUGUAGUAGUAGCUGCAGGAGCUGACUUGAAGUUCAGGGACUUUUAACGCCGUCUAAAGCGCGACUCCUACGCAGAUCCAGACAGACAGUCAGUCAGUCAGUCCAGCAGCCUCGCCGGCCGGUCCGCGCAUCCGUCCGUCAGGCUGCACUUCACCUGAGAGCCGCUUCAGACUCUUUAACCACACGAUGGAUUCCUGGACGGUCACCUUUGCGCUCCUGCUCGCUGGGUUUAUUUCCUCCGCGGCUUUUAGUCACUUCGACACCGAGUGUUACACUGCAAACGGGGAAGACUACAGGGGUUUCCAGAACCAGACCAGCCUGCAUGGUGGUAAACCCUGCCUCUUCUGGAAUGAGACCUUCCAGCACCCUUACAACACCCUCAAAUACCCGAAUGGAGAAGGAGGUCUGGGCAGCCACAACUACUGCAGGAACCCUGAUGGUGAUGUUCAGCCGUGGUGCUACAUUGCAGAUCAUGAAGACGGCAUCUACUGGAGAUACUGUGACAUCCCUACGUGCCAGAUGCCUGGGAACCUGGGCUGCUUCAAAGACAGCGGUGACCCUCCGACUCUGUCUGGCACCAGCGAAACCUCCAACAAACUCACGAUUCAGAACUGCAUCAGCUUCUGUAGGAAGCAGAGAUACAAGCUUGCCGGCAUGGAGUCAGGAUACGCUUGUUUCUGCGGCAACGAAGUGGACCUGCACGACCACGGCGAGUCCCCCAGCAUGGAGUGUAACCACGUUUGCUUCGGCGACCACACGCAGCCCUGCGGAGGAGACGGCUGGGUCAUCAUCUUUGACACCCGAGUUGGGGCGUGUGGUGGGAACUACUCCUCUCCAUCAGGAGUCAUCUACUCCCCCGACUUCCCUGACAAAUACGGGGCUGGCCGUGUUUGCUACUGGACUAUCCAAGUCCCCGGCUCAUCGGCCAUCCUCUUCAACUUCACCUUCUUUGACAUCUCCGACCAGACCGACAUGGUGGAACUACUGGAUGGCUACACCAACCAGGUGGUGGCGCGUUUCGACUGGCGCAGUCCACCGCGGGAGCUGGUGAACAUCACAGGCGACUUUGUCAUUCUGUACUUCUACUCCGAUCGCACCAACCAGGCCCAGGGAUUUGCUCUUCUCUACCAAGCUCUCAGGAGCCAGGACACCAGAACGAUGGAGGCUGAAGGAGAUGAAGAGGAUGAACGGGAGGACGUCUCCAGCACGGCCGGGCCUCAGCUGGCGGGCAGCGUCACCGAGAGAUCUAACAGCACGUCUAACGGACGUUCCUCCCAGAUCCUCUACGUGAUCACGUCCAGCCCCGGUAAACCGGAGCACAACAUGCCAGGUCAGUGGGCUGGACGCGGCGAGACCACCGGCCACAGCGCUAUGUGGACCAUCUACGCUCUGGCUGCUCUGCUCAUACUGACCGUCAUAGCCAUGGUGGCGAAGCUGCUGCUGCACGUCACAGUCAAGUCCCCAAACAUCCCGACGGUCAGCGGUUCGGACAGCUGCAGUCAGAGCACGGCGUCCUCUGAGCCGUGGAUCAUCCUGUACCGACCCUCCACCAUCUCCCUGUUCAAGAAGAAGCUAAAGAACCACCACGGCGACCUCAGCCCUCUGGUGGGCAACUAGCGCUCCCGCUGCGCUCCACCUUUUUAAGCCAAACGUUUCCGCCACCCACAGCUACUCCGUACAGGGGCCGUCGGAUCGCAGGCCCUCAGACAAUGAAAAACUGUGUGCGGUGCUACGCUAACAAGCACCACAAACUGAGCGGCUAAUCACAACUGACUGAGUGUACUGCUACUAAUCGGCCCGUGUGGCGCAGCGGCGAGGCCCUUCCCGUCCUGCUCGGCAGCAGAGGGAGCAGGCAGGGCUGUCGAGGAGCGCCGGUGUGGGAGAGGAGAGCAAAAGAUUGGACAGAGGAAGAUCUGCAGCUCUACUAGCAGACAUACAAGGACGCUUUUUAACAUGCAGAAAGCCCAUUUGCAUCACCCACGGAUGUCCCCACCAAUCAACAUACCUCCAAAAAACACAAAAAAAAUACCCUCCACACUGCAGCGAAAAACAGCCCGGAGCAGAAUAACGACUAGCUCGGUUCAGUGGCAACCUUCAUCAGCAUCAAGGAGAGGAUGAAGAAGUGGAGUCUUUGAUAAACACACACAUAUAUGCUGUAACAGUUUUGUAAAACUCUUCUAACUGCCUCAUACGGAUGAUGAACACUCGCAGCCAAAAUCCUCCCAUCCAAAGAGUUGUAUAUUUGUCUUUUUUUCAAAUCUGUAUGCAAAUGCGAAACAUUUUGUGUUUUUUUUUUUUUUCUCUUUUUUGUUUUGGGAUGUGUUUUACAUGACAGCUGGAUUUCUGUAGGAGACGUGACAAAAAAAAAGUCACGUGGAAGGUAGAUAUCACAGCACUUUGGAGAUGAAUUGUUCACCGCAAAAGAUCAGAAGAGGAAAAGAGAAGCUCCCACUCAUUCACUCAUGGAUUCGGGUGGAGAAGUGGCUCUGUACAGUGGGGUGGAGGUGGAGGGAGGGAGUUGGGUGGCGCAGACUGCACACUAACUGCCAUUUAGGGAGGCUCGGGGAAGAUCUGAGGGCUUUUUCUGCUCGGUUGUGGGUGGGAGUCUUUCCGGUUUGAUGGUUGUUCAAGUGCCUUAAGGAUCUCCUCUUCCCUUGUCUCAGAUUCCUCACAUCUGUUUCCCUCACAAAGCCGACCGAGGUCCCUCACAAAGGUCUGCACUUCUUCACAAUCAUGGCAGAUAUGAAGAGUUUCAUUCCAAAACAAGACUUGUAUGUAAAGAAAAAAAAACGGGAAAAAAAGUCGGCCGUUCUUGUACAGUGAUUGAAAGCAUUCAUCAUUUUUAAAACACUCAGUCGUUCACAACUGAACACGUCUCCACUGGAUCUUUUACAUUUUUGACACAUGAUGGACAUUAGAUGUUUUGAUUAGCUUUUUUCCCCAAAAUGACCACAUUUGGAUUAGAACUCUUCAUAUAAUGACAGACAAGGCUUUAAAAGAAAUGUUUGUUUCUAAUUCAUGUGCUCUUAUGUGUAGUCUUGGACAUUUACUGAACAUAUUGUUCACAUUAAGUUGUCUUUUGAUUACGAGGGGGGAGGGGGAUGAAUGCUGUUGUAUAUUAUGUAAUUCAGUGUGGAAAUAAUGAUAUUUAUGACCGCUCUUUCAUUUUGUUUCUCGGCAAAGCAUUUGAGAGACCCGUCAAAGUGUUUUUCUGUAGUUUUUUUUAACUUUCUCAUCAACUUAGCUCAAAGGUGGAAUGCAUUUUUUUUUUCUUAUACAGCAGCCGACGCUCAAGCUUUUACUUGUCACAUAGAUUUCAGGCCAAAAGGCUGAGUGAGAACAAUACGCCCAGACAGAGAUGCAACCAAAAAACAAAAGAAAAAAAGCAGUCAGUGGUGCUACUCAAACUGACAGCAGGUUUGCAGCUGUAACAGUUUUCUGUGCGCUGCUGUGACAUUUUAACUUCUUGUGAAAGGUCAAAAUGUACUAGUGCACCAUUGGCAUAGUAAUUGGCUUUUCCUCUUGUGGGACUGGAUGUUUGAGGAGAUUUUUCUGGAAUCCCCGAUUAUUUUCUCACUGGCAGGAUAAAUAAAGAAAACUCCGAUGCACUUAAUUUUGCUUCUGCUUUCCAGACGAAACAGUACUUAUUCAGCUUCCAGAUGUAAUGUACUUGUGCAGCAACCUGAGCACUUGAAACUAGAGGUCACAUUUUACGCAUCGUGCAGCAGGGACAUUCAAAGCCAAAAGAUUUAUGCUUUUCAAGAAUUCAGACCAGAUUUGACAAAAGCCCAUAAAGCGAUGAAGAACUAUUGUUUCCCAAGACAAAGUUUGCAAAAGAAAAAGUGACUCUGUGCUAUAUUCUGCCUGUCUGCUCAACUGUAACUCAUGUUAAUUAUUGCAAGGCAAGAGCACAUGCCCCUGGGUCUGUGAUGUUCAGAGCAGACCAUGCGUAGAGAGGGGAAGAGAAAAAAAACGAAAAAAGAGAGAGCGUAGAUGUGAGAGCGAUGGGAAAUUAAUGUGCGUUCAAAUCAAACACAAGCUAACGAAAUCUGACAGUCAAAAUCUAACAAGGGCAUAUUUGUUUAGAUAGCCUGGUGAAUUAUGCAAACUCCCAUUUUCUGUCCCGUCCUCCAGUCAAUCGGAAAAUUCCACGCUAUCUUCCGCGUGGCGGAAAAUGUGUUUUUUCCCAAACUGUAGUCGAUGUGAAUGUCCCGUAGUGCUCGAUGGCAUGAAAGCAGCACCAGAAGCCCUGUGGGAAACUGUCACCAGGGGGCCAAAACAUUGUUUUCAUGGAAUUGUAAAUAGCAAAAAUAGUGAAAAUCUUAAUUUAUACAGUAAAUUAUUGUUAUUUUGUAUGUGAAUGGGAUAUAAUCUAUCUUUUGUAUAAGUGAAGUAUCUUUGUAGUUUUAUUUAAUGUGUCCUGGUUGCAAAAUAAACACUGUAUGCAUGUUUCUUAA